AUGGCAGUACUCAUGGCGGACAUCAUGAUGCAACAGGCAGAAAAACCAGCAGUGAGCCAGGAAAUCAGGAACAUGUUAAAAGCAUUUGCGUAUGCUCUAGAACAUGUCAGCAUGGACCCUCUCAUAGACAGCUACAACAAAGCGGUAACAGGAAAGCUCAAUGGCCUCAUUGAAUCAGCAAAACAAAAACUUGACAAGGCCAUCAAAACGCCAACCAAAUUUCUGGAUGCUGUUACCACCAAAUGUGGGGAAAUAGUAUCAACAAUGACGGAUCUAGCAAAGGCAACAAAGGCAAUGGCAAAUGCUGGCACAUGCAUCAGCAACAUCAACUCGACAACAACAACAACACUGGCAAUAGACAAAGCCAAAGCAACCAACAUAGUCAAUAUACACAAGUGGCAGAUCAUGGUCACUACCCCGUCAAAGGUGAAAAAGCCCUCAGGAAUAUACACUAAUGGCGAGGAGGAAGCCACCAUGCCAUCCCAACCAGAUACCAUAGAGCAUAGGGACACAAGGAGUAUAUGGAAAACAGCAAGUAUGGGAAACCUGCGCCAAUCCACCCUCAACUUUGGUGGAGUUAUCCCCACUCAGGUCAUGCAACAACUCCAGUCCCAGCCACCAACAACUGGAACAGGGGCAACAAGCUGGAAUCACAAUGGUAUGAACAGAAGCAAAUACCAAGACACAAUGGACAAACUCAGAAUAUUCCAAAUCAACACCAGAAAAUCACCAGAUGCACAUGGCAAACUCAUCAAUACCCUCUCUCCCAAUGACUGGGACAUCAUUGCCAUCCAGGAGCCAGCACUCAACUCCGUAGAGAACAUACAAGCCACCCGACACUGGCAAGUCUUCUACCCCUGUACCAAACCCAACAAAAACCACCCAAGACUCCAUACAGUCACACUAGUCAAUGCAAGAAUCAGCCACUGCAUGCAAAUCAAUGUCACAUCAAGUGACAUAGUUGGUAUUUAUAUAGGUCAGGCAACUAAUCAAACUAGUAUAUACAAUAUCUACAACAAUGGUACUAAUAAUGACAUGCUCAAGCACCUUGCAGCCCACCUUGAGGGCCAACAGCCAAGCAAGAGACAAGCCCCAUCCAUCUGGCUAGGCAACUUCAACAGGCACCAUCACAUGUGGGAAGGCAAGGCCAACGGCCAUCUACGCAGCUCACCUGACAAAAUCACUCUGCUCCUAGAGCUGGUCAUUGAACAUGGCAUGCAACAACUCCUCCCAGUAGGAAUCCCAACUCGAAUAGAGAACAGAAGCGAGACCCACCCAGACAAUGUAUGGGCAUCCGAAGGUAUUGUACAAAGGAUGGUGGAAUGCAACACGUGGCCGGAAUGGAGACCUAACACAACAGAUCACGUACCCAUUGUCACUAUCAUAGACACCAACAUACCAAGAAGCCAAGAGGAAGCACAGCCAAACUACAAACAGACAAACUGGGAGAAGUUCUGCAAAGGGAUAGAGGGAGCCAUCAGAGCAGACAAGACGCUAAGUUCAGAACCAAGAAGCGUAGAGGAAAUGGAGGCUACCAUUGAUGCACUCACAAGCCACUUGCAGAUCCAUCUGAAAGCAAUGACUCCAACCAGCAAAACCAGCAGAUUUCAAAAGCCAUGGUGGUCUGACAAGUGCAAAGAGGCUCACCGACGUAAGUGCACAGCAUAUGCUGAAUCUAGGAGAUGGUGGGCAACCCCAGACCACCCAUCACACCAGGCAUACAGAGUUGCUCAGGACAAGAUGAAAAGGACAGUAAGAGCGAGUAAGGAAGAACACUGGUGGAACUGGAUUGACAAUGCUAAUGACAGCAACUUAUGGAACAUCAACAGAUUCCAGAAGCAAAGCAACAGUGAUGGUAGCAGAGAACGAGUCCCGCCCCUCAAAUCAAGCAACAGCACACUUGCGCAGUUGGAGGAGGAGAAAGCAGCCAUAUUGGCUGAAGCAUUCUUUCCCCCACCGCCAUCCCUAGCACCAGCCAAACCCAUCCUAAUCACAGGACAGCUACCCAAAUGGAGCCCCUACACAGUAGAGAGGAUCAGAUGA